UCCGGAUCAAGAGAUUGCCAGUUCAACAUUCCUACCCAAACUCUCUCUCUACCACCUGCGACAUGCUGUCCCGAAGCUCUGCUCGCUCGGCGCAAGGCCUUUUGAGGAACGCCACUUCCGCGUCGUCGAGCACCUCUGCUGAGAUCCGCAGGUCUUUCGCAAGCGUGCAGAGUGAUAUCUUCAAGCCUACCAAGUAUGGUUCCAAAUACACAGUUACCCUCAUCCCAGGUGAUGGUAUCGGAGCGGAGAUCACAGAGUCCGUGAAGACCGUCUUCAAGGCCGACAACGUCCCCAUUGAGUGGGAGCAAGUCGAUGUCUCCGGCCUCGAGUCCGGAGCAAAGCACUCCGAGGAGCUCUUCCGCGAGUCCAUCGCCUCCCUGAAGCGCAAUAAGAUCGGCCUCAAGGGCAUCCUGCACACCCCCGUCGAGCGCUCCGGCCACCAGUCCUUCAACGUCGCUCUCCGCCAGGAGCUCGACAUCUACGCCUCGGUCGUCCUCAUCAAGAACAUCCCCGGCUACGAGACCCGCCACAAGAACGUCGACUUCGCCAUCAUCCGCGAGAACACCGAGGGCGAGUACUCCGGCCUAGAGCACCAGUCCGUCCCCGGCGUCGUGGAGUCGCUCAAGAUCAUCACCCGCGCCAAGUCCGAGCGCAUCGCCAAGUUCGCCUUCAGCUUCGCCCUCGCAAACAACCGCAAGAAGGUCACCUGCAUCCACAAGGCCAACAUCAUGAAGCUGGCCGAUGGUCUCUUCCGCAACACCUUCAACGCCGUCGCCAAGGACUUCCCCACCCUCGAGUCUAGCGACAUGAUCGUCGACAACGCUUCCAUGCAGUGUGUCUCCCGCCCACAGCAAUUCGACGUCAUGGUCAUGCCCAACCUUUACGGAGGCAUCUUGUCCAACGUCGGCGCUGCCCUCGUUGGUGGCCCUGGUAUCGUCCCAGGUUGCAACAUGGGUCGUGAUGUCGCUGUCUUCGAGCCCGGAUGCCGUCACGUCGGUCUUGAUAUCAAGGGCAAGGACCAGGCUAACCCAACUGCCAUGUUGCUCUCCGGCGCUAUGCUGCUGAGACACCUUGGCCUUGAUGAGCACGCCAACCGCAUCUCCAAGGCGGUGUACGAUGUUAUUGCUGCAGGACAAGUCCGCACCCGCGACAUGGGCGGUAACAGCACCACGAACGAGUUCACCCGCGCGGUCCUCGAUAAGAUGUAAAGUGGCUUGAGGCCAUUGCGGGAACGACAGUGAGAGUGUAUAUAUAGAAUCGUUUGAUGCGUUUAGAGAUAGACCGUACAAGCGAUACACCUUUGGGAAAUGAAUAAGGGGUGGGGGGUACGUGAUGGAGAGGUGGUCUGGGGGUUUGGAUGGGCGAGAUUGGUCAUAUAAGAACAUACACAAUAAACCUUUCUUGAACACCCA